AUGGCGGACCAGGCUGAGGCGUACGAGGAGCAGAAUGUGCAUGAGGUGUACCAGCAAAUCGCCGGCCACUUCUCGGCCACCCGCUACAAGCCAUGGCCCAUUGUGGAACAGUUUCUCCAGGGCCUACCAGCGGGAUCUGUUGGUCUCGAUGUAGGCUGUGGCAAUGGCAAGAAUCUUCAGGUCAAUCGGGAUGUGUUUAUAGUGGCCUCGGAUCGAUCCGAGAACCUGGCCCGGAUUGCACUCCAGCAUCAGCCCCAUUCAACCGUGGUGGCUGAUAUUCUCCAUCUCCCGCACCAGGAUGCACAUUUUGACUUUGCUGUCUGCAUUGCCGUGGUGCACCACCUCUCCACCCCAGCCCGCCGGGUCCAGGCCAUUGCCGAAAUCCUGCGGACGAUGAAGCCCGGGUCGGAAUCUCAACCCGGCGGCAAACUCCUGGUCUAUGCCUGGGCUCUCGAGCAGAAAAAUAGCCGACGUGGCUGGGACAAGGGAGACCAACAAGAUCUCAUGGUACCGUGGGUGCGUAAGGCCAAGCCUGGCUCAGGGGCCGAGGAUCAAACGUACCAUCGGUAUUACCAUCUGUAUGAGGCUGGGGAACUCGAGCGCGAUAUUGCCCAGGCUGGCGGAGAGGUGUUGGAGUCGGGAUACGAGAAAGACAAUUGGUGGGCGAUUGCCACGCCCAAAACCACCCCAUGA